UCCGCUCCUCUGCUUCCGAUCAGCUGGAACAAAACAACAAAAACAAGCGCGCGCGCGACGCCGAGGCCGAUCCACUGGAUCCCGCGCGCGUAUCAUAGCGGAUUAAAGGGAGAUCUCGGCGUGUCCGGAGCUUUUACACUCACACCUGGAGGAUUAUCUGCUUCUUGAAUUUGGUCUGUUUGUUUGGGUUUUUUUUUCUUUUCUGCUAAAACCGGACAAACUUCCUGAACGAGCCGCGCGCGAGCUUUGUGCUGUCACAUCCGGAUCUUUUAGACUUUUUCUCUAAAGCAUCAGGUGUUUUUAUUCCUCACACUCAUUCAUGCAUGAACAUAUAAACGAUUGCAUUUUAGAAAACGCACAAAAAUGUUCAUCUUUUAAAGCUUUUUCAUCAGUUUCCUUUAACACCAGCACUUGUUACCGAGCAGGCCUGAGCUAGAGUAAAGUUCACCUCUAUGAUAAAUUAUUAUUAUUAUAAUUAUACUAAUAAUAAUAAUAUGCAUUAAUGUUCAUGUGCAUUGAUUGUUUUUUUAUGCCUAAUCUUUGAACUGCAUGUGCAUUUUCAACCAUUAAUGCCAAAACAAAGACGGUUUCUCCACACUCCUUAGAGCUGCCGAAUAACAAGGAAUGUAAACGUCACUUCCGGUGUUAAAACACCUUCAUAAAGUCCAUUUGAAGAACUGUUGUUAAAAGUGUACACUGUGCAGUCCUGCAUCGUUCUCAAAAUACAAAAACAUUCUGCAGAUUAGUGAUCCAAUGGGUCACCAGUAUCAGCUCCACUCCUCUUCAUCAUCAUCAUCGUCCUUAUAAGAUAGGAAGCUGGUCUAAGUGAGUGAUUGUUUAUAAGAAAAGGUGAAAGGUCAGAUCUGCGAUGGCAGACACGGUGGUGUCUGGUCACAGCUCGGAGGACCUCCUGGCAGACUUUGAGACUCUCCUGAACAGCGGCAGCAUCGACCUGACCGCGGAUCAUCAGAUCGUCAUCAUCUCUCCGGCGUGCGGCGGCGUGGAGCUCCUCCAGCCCCGGAGCACAGGACCGGACCUGCUGCUGUUCUCCACACCGCACAGCAGCGCGCCUGCACAGCCGCGCAGGGACGUGCCACCGGGACGACCGCCGGUUAAGAGGAAGUUGGAUUUGGACAAUGAUCACCAGUACAUCAGCACUACCAGACCACCUCCACCAUCUCCUGCUCCUCCUUCUACACCCGGGCGACCCAGAGUCCCUCGGCUGAGCACGGAGAAGUCACGCUAUGACACGUCCCUGAACCUCACCACCAAGCGCUUCCUGGACCUGCUGGCUCAGUCACCAGACGGCGUGGUGGACCUGAACUGGGCCUCGCAGGUACUGGACGUCCAGAAGAGACGCAUCUACGACAUCACCAACGUCUUAGAGGGCAUUCAUCUCAUCUCCAAGAAAUCCAAGAACAACAUUCAGUGGCUCGGUAGUCAUAUUGAUGGCGCCUCAGUCGCUCGCUAUCAGGAGUUACAGAAAGAAGUGUCUGAGCUGUCUGACGCUGAAGAUAAAUUGGACAAACUCAUCAAUAAGUGCGGCCUGCAGCUCCGCCUCCUCACUGAGGACUCGGAGAAUAAGAUGCUGGGGUAUGUGAGGUGUCAGGACCUGCGCAGCACCGUAGACCCUCCGGAUCAGAUCGUCAUCGUGAUCCGAGCCCCACCCGAGACGCAGAUGACCGUCGCCGAGCCCAGUGAGGGGUACCAGAUCUCCCUGAAGAGCACAAAGGGUCCCAUCGAUGUCUUCCUGUGUCCUGAGGACAGUUCUGGAGUUUGUAGUCCGGUAACAGGCUGCAGUCCUGCGAAAUCAUCUACUCACGGCUCUCCCGAGGCCUCAUCCGCACAGGAUGUGACAUCAGCGACGCUUCCGAGCGCCUCACCGCUUCCUCUAGCGAGCGAGACAGAGGCAAUGUUGGAUCCGUUCUCGGGUAUCGGCGAGAUGGCCGACUUUGACCCCUUGACGCUGGAAUCCUCGGACUUCCUUUUGGAUCGGGCCGGUCCCGGUUCCGGCUCGGAUCCCUUCGGCCUGCCAAUCGACAGCUUCAUCAGUUUGUCUCCGCCCCACACUCAGGACUACCACUUCGGUCUGGAGGACCACGAGGGCAUCAGUGAACUGUUCGACUGCGACUUCACUGAUCUUGGCCCCCUGUUUUGAGAGUCGUCCCGCUCCUUUAUCACUUUAUCACUUAUAACCAAGCCCGUGUCAAUGGGCUAAAAAUAUUGGCGCUCAUUUUUAAAGGCACUUUUUUUUUUAUAUAUAUAUUUUGUCUGACAAAAAAAGUUGAGAAUUUUUUUUCUCCCAUUUAUCUGGGAAAAAAAAAAAAGGAAAAAGACUCGUUUAGGUUUUCAGCACUUCCUGCUUCAUCGUGCUAACAACCGCUGCAGCUCAGAGCUUCCUUUCGUCCAUCACCAGCCUUUACCCCAGCCGCUUCCUUAAUCAGUCUAAUUUAUUUAUAUAAGUAUAUAACGUAAUCUUUUUUUUCGUUUAUCAUUGUUGAAAUUUUGAGAUAGAUGUAAAGAGGGUUGUGAGUUAUGUGCGUAGAUGUGUGUGUACAGUGUGUGUUAGUGUGUGUAGAGAGUUGAAACGGAGAAUUCCGAACUGGUUUUGCUCAGGUGAAUAGACGAGUCCAGCGUUUUAUAACACACCCUCGUCGAUUUGCAGUAGUCGGUUGCCUGAAUUCAUUCGGGACUUUUUUUCAGAGUACGUUUGCAGGACAUCUGUAAGUUAGCGCUGUUUUUUUCAUCGAUCGGUUUCCGAUAAAUCUUUUCAGUGUUUCAUAGUACAGCUUGGCGUGUGCUGAUGUUAACGUUUCACUUCACAGUGAUUGCAGAGACUUUGCAGCAGGAUUUUAGGCAUUGAUUCUGUACAUAUUCACUAUAUGUCUAAUGAAUAUCGUGUUAUCAUAACAUCAUAUGAUAAAACUGAUAAUCAAAUGGAUGGGCAGAGUGGUUCAAUGUAAAAACGAAAUCAUAUCAUGGCUUUUGAAGGUUUUUUAACGAUUCGUGAUACAAAAAAAAAGUUUUACAAGAUAAAAAAAGUACAAAAUUGUAAAAUUGACAACUGCUAUUAGUCAUUUUGUUAUAUAUAAAAAAAAAACAAUCAAAUAUAUCACGAUAUCCUCAAAAAGUAUUGUGAUGCAAUUAUCACAAGAUUAAUGAUCAUUCCAAUUGAUAUCAUUAUAUUGCCCAGGCCUGCUUCUGUAAUGAUCUCCAAAAAAGUCAGGUUCCUUGUAAGUAACCAUCAUUCAGUACUGUGCAAAAGUCUUGACCCCCAAGAUUUCUUCAUAUAAUGUUUCCAAAGGACUUUUUCGGCUCUCAUUUUUGCCUCUCAUUUUCAGUAUAGUCUCUGUACCUGAGCAGUUUCACAUGUAUGUUUUUUGUUUGUUAAUCCAAACAGUGACCUUUGAAUCAUUCCAGCAUAAAAAAUCGAAAAAAAUCGAACUUAAGGCAUGAGCCAGUGAGAAACGGGUGCAGAUGAUGACAGUUGAUCAGGCCGGUAAUUAGUAUAACGGUGAUGCUGAGAGGUUGGAACAGAUGAGCGGGGAAAUGAAGUUGCAGCUCAAUGUUUAUGGUUAGAUAACAACUAAUUUAACCUGAAAUUGUAUCUUUAGGCACUUUGCAGCUCAUCGCAGUAAAAAUUUAAUGAUGUAGAUUAAUUUAAAAGAAUUAAUCUACAUCAUUUAAUUGAAUUUAAUAUGAUGAAAUAAGGGGGGGAGGGGGCUCAAGAAGUUUGCACAGUACUGUAUGUAUAUUUUAUUUUAGUUUUUUGCAUCCAAAUGUUAUUGCAACGUGCCCGAUCGUCCUCGUUUUCCAUUUAAUACAGGUUCUAGUUUUUCAUUAUGAUUUUUUUCAACUGCUAACAAAAGGACUGAAACAUGCUAAGACUUGCAGUUUUAAUACAUUCAUGAUUUUAAGUAAAUACAAAUUUGUCUUUACAAGUAUGCAAGUUCCCUUGUUUAAAGGUUAAACAACUUUUAUCACUUGCUUAAUUGCAUACAAACAAUACAAACAGCUUCGUAUGGAUUGGUUAAAAACGAAGAAAUUACACUCUCAGUAGUUCAUCACCAAAGUUCAGUUUAGGUUUAGCUACAUUACAUAUCUGUGAUUAACUCCAACAGAUUUAUUUCCUGAAACAGACGUCUGAACUGCUCUUUAUAUCCGUGUUUGUACAGCGAUAGAUGAAUUUAUUUGAAUUAUUUUUGUUAUUAAUAUUUCUCUAUUUAUUUUUCUUGUUGUCAUUAUAGUAUGGAAGAGGAUUAGGGCAAACAAAAAAGGAUAUUUGAGUUUUAAAUUUUUCUCAGAAAUCUGACUUUAAUCUCAGAAAAAAACAUUCCGAGAUUAAAGUCAGAAUUCCGAGAUUAAAGUCAGAAUUCCGAGAUUAAAGUCAGAAUUCCGAGAUUAAAGUCAGUACUCAAAUGGAUGUUUUACGGUGGCUUAUCAUCUUCUGUAUUAUAGUGUAGUCACUUCCCAGAAAUAUUUAAUUAUUUCAUGUUCAUGCAUUUUUUUUUUCCCUUUCCCCGACUGUAAUUACGUAUGUUUGUGUUGCGUAUGUUUUCUAGCCGGUCUUCGCUACAGAGCUGUGCGAUUUACUCGAUCAUUUGUUGAUGGAUUCAGUUUUUAUAAUCAAUAGGUCAUUUUUUCGAUUUGGAAUUUAGUCACACUUUUUAAAUUAUUUCUAUAAACUUGCAGACAUUAAAUGAUCUAAAAUUGAUGGAUUCCUCAUCCUAAUAUAACCCGACUUUACCAGAAAAUACAAACCGCUUCCAUUUUUUAGAAAUGACCCGUGUUUUGUAAGAUUAUCGUUGGUUCUUCUUUGGAUUUGAUGGGCAGUACCAUCACCUACUGAACUGUAGAUUUGAAGGGAAAAAAGAUCAUCACUUUGUACAAGAAAUAACAACUAUCAGCAACAUAAGUUACACAACAUUUCAGUGUUUAUAUUCAGUGUUUAAAUUGUAAAAAAAAAAAAAAAAAACAUCUCAA